AUGCUGCGACGUCCCCUAUCCUCUCUAUUACCCCGGGGCAUUAGCAAAUUCUUCUCUGUGUCUGCCCCUCUCGCCAAUAAACCCUUACCCCCGCGUCUCAAGCUCCCCGAUGCCGACCUGACAGUCUCCUACCUCAAGGGCAGCGGGCCCGGAGGUCAGAAAAUCAACAAAACCAACUCCGCCGUCCAAAUAAGCCACAAACCCACCGGCAUAGUCGUAAAAAGCCAAGCCACGCGCUCCCAAUCCCAAAACGAGAAGAUCGCGCGCCAACUCCUCGCCGAGCGCGUCGAGCACCUCCAGAAAGGCGACCAGAGCCGCACCUCCAUCAAGGCCGAUCGCGCUCGCAAGAAGAAGGCGAGUAAGGUGAAGAAGAGUCGGCGGAAGUAUCGCGAUUUGGAGGGGGGUGAGCUGGGGGCUAGUGGGGGUAGAGAUGGGGAGGAUGGGGGUGGAAAUCAGGGAGGUGUGGUGGGUGCGGAGGAGGGGAAGGUAUGA